GGGGCCGCGGCGCUCGCGGGACGACGUUCGCGGCGGGGAACUCGGAGUAGCUUCGCCUCUGACGUUUCCCCAGGACGCACCCCGAAAUCCCCCUGAGCUCCGGCGGUCGCGGGCUGCUCUCGCCGCCUGGUCUGGCUUUAUGCUAAGUUUGAGGGAAGAGUCGAGCUGCUCUGCUCUCUAUUGAUUGUGUUUCUGGAGGGCGUCCUGUUGAAUUCCUACUUCAUUGUGUACAUCCCCUUCCGUUCCCCCCAAAAAUCUGUGCCACAGGGUUACUUUUUGAAAGCGGGAGGAAUCGAGAAGCACGAUCUUUUGGAAAACUUGGUGAACGCCUAGUCUACCUAUUUAGUCUUACACUUUCAAAGAACUACCUGGACGCUGUAGAUUUGUCAUGAUAUACUUUAUUAGAAUAAUCAUGGGCCAGACUGGGAAGAAAUCUGAGAAGGGACCAGUUUGUUGGCGGAAGCGUGUAAAAUCAGAGUACAUGCGACUGAGACAGCUCAAGAGGUUCAGACGAGCUGAUGAAGUAAAGAGUAUGUUUAGUUCCAAUCGUCAGAAAAUUUUGGAAAGAACGGAAAUCUUAAACCAAGAAUGGAAACAGCGAAGGAUACAGCCUGUGCACAUCCUGACUUCUGUGAGCUCAUUGCGCGGGACUAGGGAGUGUUCGGUGACCAGUGACUUGGAUUUUCCAACACAAGUCAUCCCAUUAAAGACUCUGAAUGCAGUUGCUUCAGUACCCAUAAUGUAUUCUUGGUCUCCCCUACAGCAGAAUUUUAUGGUGGAAGAUGAAACUGUUUUACAUAACAUUCCUUAUAUGGGAGAUGAAGUUUUAGACCAGGAUGGUACUUUCAUUGAAGAACUAAUAAAAAAUUAUGAUGGGAAAGUACACGGGGAUAGAGAAUGUGGGUUUAUAAAUGAUGAAAUUUUUGUGGAGUUGGUGAAUGCCCUUGGUCAAUAUAAUGAUGAUGACGAUGAUGAUGAUGGAGACGAUCCUGAAGAAAGAGAAGAAAAGCAGAAAGAUCUGGAGGAUCACCGAGAUGAUAAAGAAAGCCUCCCACCUCGGAAAUUUCCUUCUGAUAAAAUUUUUGAAGCCAUUUCCUCAAUGUUUCCAGAUAAGGGCACAGCAGAAGAACUAAAGGAAAAAUAUAAAGAACUCACCGAACAGCAGCUCCCAGGCGCACUUCCUCCUGAAUGUACCCCCAACAUAGAUGGACCAAACGCUAAAUCUGUUCAGAGAGAGCAAAGCUUACACUCCUUUCAUACGCUUUUCUGUAGGCGAUGUUUUAAAUAUGACUGCUUCCUACAUCCUUUUCAUGCAACACCCAACACUUAUAAGCGGAAGAACACAGAAACAGCUCUAGACAACAAACCUUGUGGACCACAGUGUUACCAGCAUUUGGAGGGAGCAAAGGAGUUCGCUGCUGCUCUCACCGCUGAGCGGAUAAAGACCCCACCAAAACGUCCAGGAGGCCGCAGAAGAGGACGGCUUCCCAAUAACAGUAGCAGGCCCAGCACCCCCACCAUUAAUGUGCUGGAAUCAAAGGAUACAGACAGUGAUAGGGAAGCAGGGACUGAAACGGGGGGAGAGAACAAUGAUAAAGAAGAAGAAGAGAAGAAAGAUGAAACUUCGAGCUCCUCUGAAGCAAAUUCUCGGUGUCAAACACCAAUAAAGAUGAAGCCAAAUAUUGAACCUCCUGAGAAUGUGGAGUGGAGUGGUGCUGAAGCCUCAAUGUUUAGAGUCCUCAUUGGCACUUACUAUGACAAUUUCUGUGCCAUUGCUAGGUUAAUUGGGACCAAAACAUGUAGACAGGUGUAUGAGUUUAGAGUCAAAGAAUCUAGCAUCAUAGCUCCAGCUCCCGCUGAGGAUGUGGAUACUCCUCCAAGGAAAAAGAAGAGGAAACACCGGUUGUGGGCUGCACACUGCAGAAAGAUACAGCUGAAAAAGGACGGCUCCUCUAACCAUGUUUACAACUAUCAACCCUGUGAUCAUCCACGGCAGCCUUGUGACAGUUCGUGCCCUUGUGUGAUAGCACAAAAUUUUUGUGAAAAGUUUUGUCAAUGUAGUUCAGAGUGUCAAAACCGCUUUCCGGGAUGCCGCUGCAAAGCACAGUGCAACACCAAGCAGUGCCCGUGCUACCUGGCUGUCCGAGAGUGUGACCCUGACCUCUGUCUUACUUGUGGAGCCGCUGACCAUUGGGACAGUAAAAAUGUGUCCUGCAAGAACUGCAGUAUUCAGCGGGGCUCCAAAAAGCAUCUAUUGCUGGCACCAUCUGAUGUGGCAGGCUGGGGGAUUUUUAUCAAAGAUCCUGUGCAGAAAAAUGAAUUCAUCUCAGAAUACUGUGGAGAGAUUAUUUCUCAAGAUGAAGCUGACAGAAGAGGGAAAGUGUAUGAUAAAUACAUGUGCAGCUUUCUGUUCAACUUGAACAAUGAUUUUGUGGUGGAUGCAACCCGCAAGGGUAACAAAAUUCGUUUUGCAAAUCAUUCGGUAAAUCCAAACUGCUAUGCAAAAGUUAUGAUGGUUAACGGUGAUCACAGGAUAGGUAUUUUUGCCAAGAGAGCCAUCCAGACUGGUGAAGAGCUGUUUUUUGAUUACAGAUACAGCCAGGCUGAUGCCCUGAAGUAUGUCGGCAUCGAAAGAGAAAUGGAAAUCCCUUGACAUCUGCUACCUCCUCCCCCUCCUCUGAAACAGCUGCCUUAGCUUCAGGAACCUCGAGUACUGUGGGCAAUUUAGAAAAAGAACAUGCAGUUUGAAAUUCUGAAUUUGCAAAGUACUGUAAGAAUAAUUUAUAGUAAUGAGUUUAAAAAUCAACUUUUUAUUGCCUUCUCACCAGCUGCAAAGUGUUUUGUACCAGUGAAUUUUUGCAAUAAUGCAGUAUGGUACAUUUUUCAACUUUGAAUAAAGAAUACUUGAACUUGUC